AUGGGUACGCCGAGCGAAUCCGUGAAGAGCAUAGCUCCAUCGCAGGGUGAUAUCCACGCAUCACUAGAUGCUGGACUACAAGCCAUGGUAAGAACCAUCCAUAGCACGACUGACAAGGACAACGCGGAGAUGAGAGCGAUGAGGCAGAUGAUGAUGGAGAUGAUGUAUCAGCUAGUGAAUCGAUCGAUGGAGUUUGGAGCAAGGAGAAGUUAG